GUUUCAGCAAUCUUUUAACUUUAUUUUAAUUUUAUAGUAUAUAUAAAAUGGCAUCGAAUUUGGCUUCCGAUAAAUUUUGGGUUAAUAAAAAUAUGUAUCACGACGCAGAAAAAAAAUAUUAUGAACAAAUGGCAAAGGGUGGUGUGAGCAUGAAGAAGGUUGUUAAUAUGGAUGCGUUUCCCAAAAGUUCGCUAGCUGGAGAAGUUGCCAAAGCACGACAGCAUAUAAAAUCAUCAUUGGAAUGUAUGGAUAAAAACAUGUAUAACGGACUUGCUAUGACACAAAGUUCUAUGACUGCAUUUUUCGAAGAAAUUAGUAAUUCAAUAAUAAACCUCACGAAAAGACUAGAAAUCGUCGAACAAAAAUUAAAUUUAGUAAGUCCUCAGGUGUCAACAAACAAUGCUGCCAACAGUCAACCGCCUGCUUCACGUGGUAGUAAACCUCCUUCUCAACCCAAAACGAAGAGCAAAGAUGUCAAAGAGGAUGAUGAUGAUGUUGACCUCUUUGGAUCUGAUUCCAACGACGAAGAUGAAGAUGCCAAAAAAAUAAGGGAACAAAGAUUAGCGGAAUAUGCGGCGAAAAAAUCAAAGAAACCCGCACUUGUUGCAAAAUCUAAUAUAAUAUUAGACAUAAAACCUUGGGAUGAUGAAACGGACAUGAAGGAAAUGGAAAAAGCGGUUCGUGCAAUACAAAUGGAUGGUUUAGUUUGGGGAGCAUCGAAAUUGAUGCCGGUGGCCUUUAAAAUUUUCAAAUUACAAAUUUCUUGCGUUGUGGAAGAUGAUAAAGUAUCCGUUGAUUUAUUAACGGAAACGUUAGAAGCCAUCGAAGAUUAUAUACAAAGUGUUGACAUAGCAGCAUUUAAUAAAGUUUAAUCAUAAUUGAAAAAUUAUGACUUUAUUUUUUUUUUUUGGAAGAAAAUGUUUAGCACCCGGUUAUAUUAUGAAUUCCUCCCUCCCCCUCCCCCCCGGUAACAACAUUCCAAAAUUUUUUUUCUUUGUUUUCUUAUUCCAAAACGAGCUUAUUAUUGUUUUCUUUUUUUGUACUUUUG